AUGAGUGGCGAAACUUUAGAAUUCAAUGUAAAGCAUUCCGGCAAUGUCUACCCAAUAUCAAUUACCAGCUCAACUACUGUCCAAGAAUUAAAAGAGCAAGUUCAGGAGCUUACUAAUGUUCCUGUUUCCAGGCAAAAGUUUAUGGUAAAAGGUGGCUUUACAGAUAAUUCAAUGAGUAACUUAGGAUCUGUUAUAAAGCAAAAUGCGAAUGUUAUGAUGCUGGGUACUCCAGAUGCUGAUUUGGUGUCUAAACCAAAAAAGAAAAGCACAUUUAUUGAAGACCUAUUGCCUGGGCAACAAUUUCAACAAUUCAAUCAAACACCUAUUGGCUUAAAAAAUCUCGGUAAUACUUGUUAUUUGAAUGCUACUUUGCAAUGUCUUUUCAGAAUCGAACCAUUGAGAGAAAUGAUCUUGAACUAUAAACAAUCUAGUAGUGUUUCUCCAGCUGAUGAAGUUCAUCAAAAAAUUGUUCUAGAAUUAAGAAAUUGCUUUGAUAGUUUAGAUAAAAAAAAAUUUCAAGCUGUCAUGCCAUUGAUGCUAUUAAACGUAUUAAGAAAAGCAUAUCCACAAUUUGCUGAAAGAGACCCUCAAGGUGGAUUUUAUAAACAACAAGAUGCUGAAGAAUUAUUUACCCAAUUAUUCCAUUCAUUAAGCGUGAUACUUGGUGACAAAUUUUCUGACCUAUUCACAAUCCGCUACAGAACGACAAUUAAGGACAUCAAUAAUGAAGAGGAUGUUACAGUUAAAGAAGAUGAAAAUGACUUAAAAUUGCAAUGCCACAUUUCUGGCACAACAAAUUUCUUAAAAAGUGGCCUAGAAGAGUCACUAAAGGAACAAAUUGAAAAGCGUUCUGAUAUUUCGGGAGUCAAUUCAACAUUUGUCGUUCAAAAACAAAUUACUAAGCUUCCAAGGUUUUUAACAGUUCAAAAUGUUAGAUUUUUUUGGAAGAGAUCAACUCAAAAGAAGUCAAAAAUUUUGCGUAAAGUUACGUUCCCAUUCCAAUUAGAUGUUGCUGAUAUGUUAACUCCAGAUUAUGCAUCCGAUAAGAUUAAAGUCCGUGAAGAACUUAGAUUAGUUGAGAAAGAAAAAAGUGAAAAAGAACGUGAACUUAAAAAACGUAAAUUAAAUAAUAAUGGAGUAUUAGAUGUUUUGGAUAAUGAAGGUGAUACUAUUAUGACACCAAGAGAAAGACAAGAGACCGAAGAAGCUUUAAAACAAAGCGAAGAUGAGCAUUGGGCUGAGGAAUUUAAGAAGCAUUUCCCCAAAGAUUUAGAAGCUGGGGAAAAUCCAUCAUCAGUUUACAAUUUGAUUGGUAUUAUCACACAUCAAGGUGCUAAUUCAGAAUCUGGCCAUUAUCAAGCUUUUAUUAGAGAUAGAGAAGAUGAAGAAAUAUGGUAUAAAUUUAACGAUGACAAAGUCACAAUUGUAGACAAAGAAAAAAUUGAAACUUUAGCAGGUGGUGGUGAAAGUGAUAGUGCGUUAAUCUUACUGUACAAAGGUUUAGGUUUAUAA